UGGUUUUACCAUAAUCAGAUCUUUCUCUUUAACCCAGCUUCUUAAUUAACUCUUAAGUCUCUGGAGGAAAAAAAAGAUGAUGAACACAAAGAGUGUAGCCAUGUUAAUGAUGGUGAUGAUGGUACUAAUGGGAAUGGAGAAUAUUCUGGUUCACGCAAAUCAUCACCAUCACUCUCCUUCUCCUUCACCAGAUUCUGAUGUUUAUUCAGUAUCUCAUGCAGCUUCACCAAAGCGAAGCACAGAAGAAGCAAUUUGUAUUCUUGAUUGUAUGAUUUAUCAGUGCCACCGUGGCAAAAACGCAAAGCCAGGGGAUCCGAAAUGGUUAAGCGCAUGCGUGAGCGGUUGUGUGAACAGUGAGACAUGCAAAAGGAAGAACAGAAGCAAUGAUGUGCAUGCCUAAAUAACUAAUUAGGCCAUCACAAAUUCACAAUGGGAGAGUCUCUCCACCGUCUCUCAAAUAUAUAAAAUUAUUAUUUUAAUAUUUAAUUAAUUUUUAUUUAUUAUGUGAUUAUAUAACUAAUAAGAAGCUGAAUUUUUUUUUAAAAAAUUUAAAAACAUCUCCAGUUUGAAGAGUUUGAACGACAGUAGUCUCUUUCCUUUUUUUUUUAUUUUUAUUGUUUUAUUGGUUUUUAAUAAGAGUUUCUGGUGUCUCUUAAAAAGCAAAUGAGUGUUUGGCUCUUAUUAGUACUGUAUGUUUUGAUUUUGUUAAUUAAUUUCUCAGCAGAUGUAUCUUCUCAUAAUGUUUUUUGUGAGAUGUAAUAAAUAUAUGAGAUUUAAUAAAC